UGUGUUGUCCCUUUGUGAAGGGACACCGGUCAGACCACGGACAGGGAGCUCUCAGAAAGUCCACCCAACAGCAAUGUCGUCUGUUUUAAACUUUCAGGUCACCGAGGAUUAGUAUAGGCCUACAGGAGCCGGAGUUUGUGAAUAGAUCCUCUCACGUUGGACGUCUCUGGACGGAUUGGGUCAUCUAGUGACCAAUGGACGGUUGGACUUGCGUGUUUUUGGCGCAAGCUGUCCGUCUUUGGGCCUGCAGUGAGACACACCCGGUCCAUAUACCCGGUGUAUGUAUGGUCUAUGUUCCAGAUAACGGGGAUGAUGGGAGGAAGCUUCAGACCAAGUGUUGAUCUUGUUGGACAUCAGUCAAGGAGACCAUCAGAGUAAAGGAGCAAGUCGACUCAUAAUCCGACCUCCUUCCAGUCUUACCUACAUUACUCAUUACUCAUCUAGAGAAUACAGUUGAACAACGAAGGAAAAACAAAGCAGAAGAAGUGGAAAAGGACAAGAGGCUACCGUUGGAACAAUGGGUGUGUUACUACGUUAGACCGAACCCACAGACAUUAACCUAAAGAGGAUUGUGAGGAGGACAGAGAACAUUGUGAUUGGAUCUCCAGAUGGCCAUGUUACCGGUGGUCCUCACCGUGUACCUCAGCAACGGCCAGCAGAUGCUCACCGAGGCCCCGGUCACCCCAGCCACCACGGUGAUGGAUGUGGUUGAGUACUGCCAAGAGGCCGGGGAGGGGGACUGCCACCUGGCCGAGGUGUGGAGCGGUCAUGAGAGAGUUCUGCCCCAUGACCUGCUGCUGCUAGACCUCCUACAUCAGUGGGGCUCCAGCAGGUCAGAGGUCAGCUUCUACCUGAGGCACCGCCCCUCCCUGAACCAAGGCAGCAGUCCACAUCCAUUACAGAACAACACAACCAUCAGAGAAACAGAGAUAGCGGACGACAGCAUGGUUCCCCGUGUAGAGCUGACCCUCUCUGAGCUCCAGGAAAUGGCCGUGAGACAACAGCAACAAAUAGAGGCUCAACAACAGAGGUUGGUUGCUAAGGAACAGAGACUCAGGUAUCUUCAACAGCGAGGCAGACCAAGCCAAGCACAGACUCAGUCAGAGCCAGAGAAGCUGCGAUGGCUGAAGGAGCGGGUGGACAGCCAGGAGGCCAAGCUGAAGGCCGUCCGCCUGGUCAGGGGCCAGAUGGACUACAGCCGGCUGAUCAACGGGAACCUCUUUGCAGAGAUAGAUCAUGUCAGCAGCCUGUUCCAGGAGAAGCAGGCCGAGUUGCAGUCGGCCGUUGUUAGAGUAGACCAGUUGACCCAGCAGUUGGAAGACCUCAGAAGAGGGCGUCUUCAACUGCAACCCACCAUGCCACAGCAAGGACCGCCCCCCAGCUCACAGGCGCCACCCAUUGGCUCAGAUAGAAUGCCCUCUUCCAUGGAGGGCCCGCUCACAGUUGGUCCCGCUGCUCUGGAACUACGAAAACUGUACCAAGAGCUACAGGCCCGCAACCGUCUCAAUUUGAAGCAGAGCAGCAGCCUGGAGCACAGCCAGGAGCUGCUGAACCAGAGGAACAACCAGGUCAGCCUCAUGGGCCGACGCAUCGGAGACCUGAGGGAGAGGCUGGGCCAGAAGAGGGCGGAGGCAUUGAGUCUUAUGAGUGGCGCCGGUCCCCCUACCCCUCCCCCCCGCCCAAGAGGGGGUACAGACAGUGUGUCAGGGCGUGUGGCUGCGGUCUGCCCCUACAUUCAGGUGCCUGCAGGUGGCAGAGCUGAGGCCGACCUCUCCCUGAAACACACGCCCUUCGGACAGGUCCGCUCCCACUCAGCUAACGACGCCUCCUGGCUGACCGAUAGUAAGAGUAUGUCUGACUGGAGGGCCGGGAGUCAGGAGCAGCACCUCCCUGGGUACGGUACUUACCCCAGUGCGACCCACCAGGCCGCAGGGACCCCUAGCGCCACUAGCUCCUUGCCCCGUUCCGCCCCCGGCACCCUGGGCUGGUGUCGUUCGGAGGCGUCCAAGCCCUCGUCGUCUAGGUCACUGACGUCCUCCUCCUCCUUCUCCUCCUCACACCAAGAAGCACGGCCCACCGCCGCCACCGCGUCCACUCAGAGGAACGGAGGCUCCAGCAGUCCAGUGCAGACCUGCCCGCUGCCUCCCCAGUCCGCCAGGCCCCCCCCUGCUGUGGCCGUGCGCCCCUACGUCCCGGACCCGCCCUCCAGGCCCCAGUCCCCGAGGAAGGGCCCGGCCACCAUGAUCAGCAGCUCCAUCUACAACAUGUAUCUGCAGGGACCCCAGACCAAGAACCAGGGCCCCCAGACCAAGAACUACGGCUCCCUCAACAACAGGACUGUCAGAUCAGUCUACGGUAAACCCCUCCUCCCCCCGUCCUCGGCCCCGCCCUCUCCAGUACCUUUGCAGCAGUCGGGUGGAGGAGGUUGCACGGGUGGGAAUGCAGACAGAGAGAUGCUGGGAGGUGGUGUAGAGGGACGGCUACACCUGCCCCCGAACGUGGACAGCAUCCCCCGACCUCUCAGCCCCUCCAAGCUCACACCAGUAGCCCACGCCCCACUGCGCUACCAGAACGACGUUGACCUGGAGGUGCUGCGCCGUCGCCUUAGCAACGCCCCUCGGCCCCUGAAGAAGCGCAGCUCCAUCACAGAGCCCGAGGGCCCCCAGGGGCCACACAUCCAGAAGCUGCUGUACCAGAGGUUCAACACUCUGGCCGGGGGCAUCGACGGAGGGCCAGGCAACCCGUUCUACCAACCUGGCAGCCCCUUGCCAGAGACGGACAACAUCCCCUCUGAGGACGGACACACUGCUGUGGACGAGACGAGGCUCACCGUCCCUCUGGAGGGCGGGAGCCCUCACCUGUACCCAGAAACAGCCGGUGAGACGGUGGCCUCGUCUAUGCCUCCAGGCGGCGUGGCCACGCCCCCGCAGACCAACCCCUCUCCGUCACCUCAAAGGCUAGAGGACAAGAGCAAUAACAAGAGACAGAGAGGUCCAUGCUCCAACCACAGCCCUGGAGGCCUAACGCCGUCCACCCCUCCGCCCCCAUCGCCCCGGACCACCGCCCCACCCAAGGUUAAACGCACCAACUUGAAGAAGUCCACGUCGGAGCGUACAGGCCACAGUCUGAGGGUGAAGUUCAACCCCCUGGCGCUUCUGUUGGAUGCAUCGUUGGAGGGAGAGUUCGACCUGGUCCAGAGAAUCAUAUAUGAGGUGGAGAACCCAAGCAUGCCCAAUGACGAGGGGAUAACACCGCUUCAUAACGCUGUCUGUGCCGGCCACCAUCACAUUGUCAAGUUCCUCCUGGAUUUUGGUGUAAACGUCAAUGCCGCUGACUCAGAUGGAUGGACACCGUUGCACUGCGCAGCCUCUUGUAACAGCGUACAGCUCUGUAAGAUGCUGGUGGAAUCUGGGGCAGCUAUCUUUGCUACCACCAUCAGUGAUGUCGAAACAGCAGCGGACAAAUGUGAAGAGAUGGAGGAGGGCUACACCCAGUGCUCCCAGUUCCUCUAUGGUGUGCAGGAGAAGCUCGGCGUGAUGAACAAGGGCUGUGCCUACGCCCUCUGGGACGACAACGCCCAGCAGACCGAUGAGCUGGCCUUCAGCGAGGGGGAGGCCCUCACCGUCCUCCGGCGCUCUGACGACCUGGAGACCGAGUGGUGGUGGGCGCGGCUCAGCGACCGCCAGGGAUACGUGCCAAGGAAUCUCCUUGGGCUCUAUCCGAGGAUCAAGCCCAGACAGCGGUCCCUGGCGUAGCUCCUGGACCCCCUGCACUUUGAAUGAAUCUAGCACAGCAGGAGAGGCUUGGACCCUGGCAUGUUGGAGAGGGCCUGAAGUAGACAGUGUAGAAUGCUAAAACAGAAAGUCAAUGCCAUGAUGAAAAAAAUAAGUAAGGACAGAAUGAGAUGGAGGUAGGACAUUGUGAAUUUUUAUUUUGAUAACAGCUCGUGCUGUUUUCUGAUUGAGAACACUGACAGUCAGAUGCAAUGCCUAUAAUCUUAUCUAGUUGCACCGUUUCUUGCUCGAUGGCUCAAUCUGUUCAUUCAGUAACUUUCAACUUUCAUCCAAAGAAGCCCUGCAUGGCUUUUCAAGAAAACCACUUCUAUUUGUACUUAUGCUCCAUUUUAAUGCCUAAAAAUGGAAGAAAAGUGAAAAAGCCUUUUAUUGUGGAGGGCAGUGGACUGGAUCAUGGUGAUAUUAUAUUGUCCACCCACUUCAAGUUCUAAUAGUUCAAAAGAAUGUGACUUGUCACUGUGAUACUGAAGAUUGACAGAGAAAAGAGAUGAGGGAGAGUGAUGAAUGUUCAUCACUCACAUUGAUUGUAAUUUCAGGUCUUUCCACUAGAGUUGAAUAAACCCUUUGGGGAGGAGUCAUCAUAGAGCCAGGUAACGGUCAUAACAUUAAGAGCUCCUUUUAUGUAUCACGUGUAGUAGACCAAACCAUACAAGAUCAAUCGUCUACCUGUGCCCUGGUACAUGUAGGACGUAAGACGCUCUGUGACCUCUGGGUCUCCUCUGACAGGAAGGAUUGACUUUGUCUUGGUAUUCUUUGGCAUCAUCGGAAUACUGACAGUUUCCGAUGCGGUAGAAAGCAGAGAAAGAAGAAAAGGAAAGGAAUAAAACGGCCUGAAUGCAAACCAUUUUAUGAUAUUUUUCCUUGAACAUUUUUGUAAAUGAAAGCCCUGCAGCAUUUACAGCAACGAUGUGUUGCUUGCACAGUUCUAAGCCCAAUCUAUUUGUAUAUGCUAUGCAUGUGUGUGGUGCAUCUUAUAGAGGUUUUUAGGCUCAUGUUCUUCCAGCUAGCGUGAGCUAGCUUUACUCAGAAGCAAGAAAGAGCACAGCUGUAUUAUCUAAGAGACUUUAUGGGCCCUCUGGAGAUGUUAAACUGAACCCCACCACAAUGACCACCUUCCGUCAGCAGGACAACUAAACAGCCUACCUGCUGGGGUCCACGCAAUGAAAAGCCUAUGUUGAUAAUUAAAUGACUAUUUUAUAUCAAACUUCAAAAAAUAAUUAGAAUACUGUAGUAAGCACAGGGUGUAGACUCUAGAGUAAGGCCUACAGUAUACGCACUAUCCUGUAAGUACCAAUAAAACCCAUUUCAACUUUCA